CGCCACCGGACGCGCGGCCACCAUCAGCACCGUAUAUGCGAGCGCUCGGUCUGCCGUAAAAAGCUGUCCCACCGUUGGCGACUGUCGCACGCACGAUAUCGCUCCUCCCGCUGCAACGCGUGUCGGCCGCGAGCCGCAACAGUUUUCCGCUCGACGCCGUCGCGACCGCAUUCUCUCUAUGUUACAGUAUAUUAUAAUACGCGAGUGUUCCGCAUUUGAUUCAUAACAACAACAACGAUCCUUCAAAAUAUCACGUCGCGGGUGACAACUAGACUCCUAAUAUCUAACUAUAUAAUAUACUACAGGUGUCCGGAAGACGUGAAUUCCCGAAAAAGAAUAAUUAACACUUACCGCUCCGAAGACCGCAUGCUAGCGCCACCGUUGCUGCUCGCAUAAUCGUACAUGACACCAUAUCAGAAAAGAACCUAGAACAAUGUACAGCAGACAAAAUCAAAAUCAAGGCGAAGCGAGACUCGAACUGUUACUGGACGACUUGCAAUCUACUCUUCCGCGUAAAAACCAUGGACUUGGUAACACAUCGUCAACUGGGUACAGAGAAGUUACUAAAAGUACAUCAAGGACGAUUGGUAACGGUCAAACUGAAACUAACAAAGAAUAUGAAAUCCAAUAUCUCAAUCCAGCCAACAAAUCUACUGUGCUCAGUGAAAGAUUACCUGAUCUUCAAUCGGUUGACUUACUGCGACAGACCAACAGUGGAAAAAAUUCCGGCGGCUACGAAACGGUUUCGUCAUACCAAUAUAAUAAAUCGACAGAAAGCAAAAGUACAGUUCCCAGACAAGAAACGAACGGUGUUAACAUGAGACAAAGUAUUUCUGAACUCGAUUCGUUGCUAGACGAUUUGAAUCAUGCUCAAAGAGUUGGAUUUUCAAACUCCGGAGUUAGUAGACAUGAAAUAACAACUAAUGAGUCCGGCAUUGAACCAUUAAGAAGCAGUACUCCAUACAAACAGCAAUACAGUAAACAUGAAGAACAUAGGUAUGGAAGCCUUAACCGAUCAAAAAUGCCAGGGGCCAGUGAAGUAAUUUCCACCUACGAAACAUCCACAACCAAUGGAGAACCUUUAGCAGAUUUAGAUUUGGUAGAUGUUCCACGUAGUUAUACCAAGCUACUUCAAAAUCAAUCUCCAGGAACUUAUCAGACAUCGGUAUAUUCAAAAGAAACUACAAAAAAAAUAAUACCGGGUACCACAACUUAUUCGACGUAUCAAAAAUUCGGUUCACCCACAACGGAUCCAGGGCAAUCUAAAGUGUACAAUUAUUCAGAAGAGUAUCGUACUGAUAGUAGGAAUCGUUCAAUGAGAGAUUUACCACCGUCUCCUCGCCCCCAUAGAUCUUCGUCUCCACGUUCUCCGUCCCCGCAUCGUUCACCGUCACCCAUGUCUUUUCCUCAACCACCAGAACCUAGAAAUUACUCAAGUAAUCAUACUUAUACAAAUAGGACAACAUCGUCACCUCAGUCAAUCCAGAAGUUUAGUCCGUCCGAUCCAAGCAGAACCAACGAAGAGGUGACCUGGGUCGCUCAUGCCACGCCCCCUGUAACCCGUCGUUUCCCUGUGAGCGUGGAUAACAACUUAACUUCGCCAACUGGCCAGACGAUUUAUUCGUAUAAAUAUUCAAGUGAGACCAGAGAGAAUACUAAGUAUGGACAACCAAACGGGUACACAAAACCUAUACAUCAAGAACAGUUGCCACUACGCCAUUCACCGUUCCCGAGAGACGAAGCUGACACUCCUGGGCUUCAAAAUCCACCUAAACGAUUGGACGACUUGAUGGCAUCGUUUGGAGACAGAACCGAUUACACAAACUACCACAGUAAUAGAGAAUAUCACUCAAAUGUCAAGGAUUAUCAGUCUAAGUCUAAAGAAUAUGAACAUGACAAGGCUGCAGAGUAUACGAUUCCGAUUAAGAAACCACAACCCGAUAAUCAAGCUCCUGAAAAUAAAGGUCCCGAGAAAUUAACGGAAGUUAAAGAAGCUGAACUGACUCAAUCGGUUGCCGGGCCGCCAGUUUUUUAUCCCCCCGGGUCAACAACAUUUGCGAAGAAGGAAGAAGUAAUGCAACAGCAAGGCCAAUUUGGUCAGGGACAAAUGAAGGCCAAGGCCAAAGGAAUGUACAAGUACAAAAGCAAGAGCAAAUCAAAAGAGAAACAAAGUUCUGGAGCAACAAUGGUACCGGUAUGUUUACCGAUGUGCUGUGCCAUGCCAUGUGUUAUCAUGUAACUUAUAAGACAUUACCUAUAUAUAUAUACAUAUAACUUUACUAAUUUAUAAAUAUUUACUCGGCACAAAUAAUAAAAAAAAAUUCUGAUGGUGGCCUAUUAAACUUAGUAUCCUAAAGAUAAAAUUACUUAAGUAUACAUGUUAUUUUAUUUAAAUUGGUCAACAUUUUUAACUCAAACAAAAUAUUUGAACAUUACAUCAUUGACGUGUCUCGUACAUAGGUAUUUUUUAGUAGGAAAUGUUUUUAAAUUGAUUUAUACAACAAAGCCAUAAAGGUUAUACCUAACUACAGAGUAAAAAAAACAAGCUGAUUCCGUUGACCGCAGGGAUGCCAUAGCAUAUUCGACAUCCUCUCUUCCCAUGCCUAUGAUAUAAUAUCUAAACAACAGUAAAUAGUAUAACGGGUAUUUUUACUAGAUACUUAAGUUAAUACAAGUGUAUAAUUUGUCAUAGUAUAUUAUUAUCAGCGUAUAUGCAUGCUACAUUUUUCUUUUAUAUCGAAUAAAUUUAAGAAUAUUACUUUUAUGACGUAUUAAUUGUUAUAAAUACCAAUUUACCUGUAUGUUUUAAACUUAAACACUUUUAACAUACAACUAACUUUGCUAUAUCUAAGCUUAUUUAUAAUUUGUAUUUCAUUAUUAUUAAUAUAUUAUCUAAGAUACAAACAGAAAAAACGAUUAUUAAUUUAUGUAAUUAUGUGUGUAUGUAUAAAUUAAACACUAGGUACAGUGGCAAACCCAGGGGGUGGACCAUGCCAUAGUAUUUAUUUUUUAUUUUAUAUUUUUAAAGUUAUCCAGAAAACAGAAAAACAAUAUGUAAUAAUAAAUAAAACAUUUUCCUGGACCCUCCCCCCCUUUGAAUAAAUCCUAGCUGCGCUACAGACUAGGUAUUUACAUAAAAUAAUAUAAUUUUAAUUAAUCUAAUAAAAAUUGCGGAUAUCAAUUCCACAAAAUGAAAUUCACCAAUUGUUUUUUUUUACAUUUAAUUAUUUUGAUUACAAAUAUAAUAAAUAUAAUAUUAAUAUACAAUUAUUAUUUUAUGGAGUGUAUGUAUAUCGUCAUAUUGCUUACUACUUAAGUUAAUCAGUUUUAACACUACGAAUACCUAUACCUAUCAAAUGUUUUAGUGUAGGUAUAUGAUAAUAUAAUAUAUCAUGUAGGAACUUAUUAAUUAUUACAAAAAAAAAAUAUUCAAUCCAAUUGAAGCACAGCAACAUAUCAAUAUUUUAACAAAUCACAGACAGAUUGAAAACUUUAAUAUUUAUAUUUUAUAUGAACAUAUUCGAUUUAUGUUCUUUUUUUUUGUUUUUAAUAAUAAUUAACUGUUUACAUGACUUAACAAUAAUGAAUAUUAUUAUUAUAUAAUAUAUAAUAUAUAUAUAUUAAUUAUUAAUAUAUUAUACAUAGAAAACGCAUUAAUUCUGUAUAUUUUUAACUAUAAAAAAAUGUUAUUUAUUCAUGUAAUAGUUUAACGUGUAAAAUGUUAUUUUAAAGAUUUUAUCAAAUUUUGUUAUUACUUAUUUUGAUAAAUGUUAGAGUUGUUUGGCGCGCACAAUUUGUACCUAAUAAUUAAUUUAUAUACUGUUGUCAAAUGAUUUUGUUGAUAAUAUUGAUAUUUAAUAAUUGUUAUAUUAAAUAAUCAUAUGGAUUAAAGCGAUUUUACUUUUUUUGUUCUUUUUUAUUCAAAAAUAAAAUAUUGCGUAUGAAAUA